AGAGAGGAGAGUUGUUUCCAAACAGUUGGAGGGCUGCGUCUUGCUAACACACACUUUCUCAGACUGAGCCAGGACCAGCAGGCAGGAUGCAUGUAGACGUGGUGUGGCUGACAGCUACGUUUCUCUCCUUCCCCCUGCUCACACUAUGUGACCCACUGUACAUCAUGUCAGCUCCCCAGAUCCUGCGAGUGGGAACAGAAGAGCAGGUGUUUGUGGAGGUACAAGACUACCAGGGCACAGACCCUUUAGACGUCCAUAUCACAGUAAUGAACUUCCCUAGUAAACACACAGACCUUGGCAAUAAUCGUGUCACACUAGAGCCAAACAACAACUAUCAAGCUCUUGUUCCUAUAAAGAUUUCCUUAAAUGAUCAAGUUUUUAAUGUGGACUCCGAGGAACAGCAGUAUGUUUAUCUGAAAGCAACUUGGAAUAAUGUUUUCCUGGAGAAAAUUGUUAUGGUCUCAUUUCAGUCAGGGUAUUUGUUUAUUCAGACUGAUAAGACAAUAUAUACUCCAGAUUCUACUGUAAAAUACAGAAUAUUUGCUGUGAACUCUAAAAUAAAUCCUGUGGAAAAUACUGUGAUUGUGAAAAUAGUGACUCCAGAAGGGAUCACUGUUGAGCAAAAACAGCUUACUGUAAAAAAGGGAGUAUUAAGUGAUGAAUUUAAACUGGGAAAUCCCAUCAGCAAUGGAUUCUGGAAAAUAGCAGUAAACCUUAAGGAAAAUCCUAAUAAGAAUUUCACAGCAGAGUUUGAAGUCAAAGAAUACAGGCUGCCCAGUUUUGAAGUGAAUCUCAUACCUGAGAAAUCUUUCUACUAUGUUGAUGAUGAAAAGUUUUCUGUCAAAAUCAAGGCAAAGUAUCUGUUUGGCGAAACCGUCGAAGGUAGUGCUUUUGUUGUGUUUGGUGUGUUCAAAGGAGAUGAAAAAAUAAGCAUACGGGGCUCCUUGAACAGGGUUGAUAUCACUAAAGGAGAAGGUACAGCAGAGCUAACCAGAGAACAGAUCCUUCAAACCUUUCCAGACAUACUUAAACUCAUCGGGGAAACACUAUACAUAUCUGUCAGUGUGCUUACUGACACUGGCAGUGAAAUGGUGGAAGCUGAGAGGAGGGGUAUUCAUAUAGUGACAUCACCUUACACCAUCCACUUCACCAGAACCCCCAAUUAUUUCAAACCUGGAAUGCCUUUUAGCUUCAUGGUGUAUGUAGUGAACCCUGAUGGGACACCAGCAAAACAUGUUGAAUUGGAGUUGACUUCUGAAAAUGUCAGAGGACGGACUAUGGAGAAUGGCAUGGCCAUGUUCACCAUAAACACCUUGCAAACACAGCGUGAGCUAAAGAUCACAGUAAAGACAAAUGAUGAGAAACUUAACACCAGGAAGGAAAGCCAAGCGGUUAACACGUUGACAGUCCAUGCCUAUGCUUCUGCGUCUGGCUCCCAAAACUACCUGCACAUUGGCUUACCUACUGAAGAGUUGAAGAUUGGAAAUCAGUUCUAUGUCUCAAUGAAUAUACAUACUCCUACUGCACCUAAUAACCACGAUAUUACUUAUAUGAUCAUAAGUAAAGGGCAGAUUAUGAGCACCUCAAAGCUGAAGAGAGUUGGUAGUCCUGUGAUGAAAAUAACUCUGACUGUCACCAAAGAUAUGCUUCCUUCAUUUCGAUUGGUGGCGUAUUACCACCUAGGAGUCUCUGAGGUUGUUUCUGACUCCAUCUGGGUUGACGUGAAGGACACAUGCAUUGGAACGCUUCAAGUGGAACUACAUGAUGCUAAACCAGUAUAUGCACCUGCUGAUUCAAUUCAAUUAAAAAUUACUGGGACUCCAAAGACAAAUGUUUUUCUGGUAGCUGUGGAUAAGGGUGUCUACAUCCUCAACAACAAAAACAGACUCACUCAGACCAAGAUCUGGGACGUUAUUGAGAAGCAAGACAUUGGCUGUACAGCUGGCAGUGGUAAAGACAGUAUGGGGGUUUUCUAUGAUGCAGGUCUGCUGUUCAUAUCAAAUGCUGCAGAAAGCACUGCUGAGCGAAGAGACACCUCCUGCACACCUGAUCCAAAAAGAAAGCGGCGUGCCAUCACCAAAUCACAAAUCAUAAACAAAUUGGUAAGUGAGUAUAAUGACACACUGAAGCAGUGUUGCAGGGAUGGAAUGGUGGACAACUUUCUAGGUUACACCUGUGAGCGAAGAUCCGAGUAUAUUGAGGAUGGAGCUGAAUGUCGCCAAGCCUUCCUGCAUUGUUGCCAGAAACUUGCUGAUUUAAGAAAAGAAGCUGUACAGGGGGAGCUGCACUUUGCCAGAAGUGAAGAAUCAGAGGUAAAUGAACUGUCUGAUGACAUUAUAUCACGCUCAUACUUCCCUGAGAGCUGGAUGUGGGAUAAAGAAGAGAUUUCCGAGUGUAAAGAAAAGGAGAAUUGUGAAAAGAUCACCUCUCAUAACCUACCAGAAUCCAUCACCACCUGGGUGAUCACUGCUGUCAGCAUUUCAGCUGAUUAUGGUAUUUGUGUGGCAGAUCCAUAUGAGGUGAUAGUUAAGAAGAACUUCUUUGUUGAUCUGAAAUUGCCUUACUCUGCAGUAGUCAACGAGCAAAUAGAAAUCAAAGCGGUUAUCCAUAACUUAGACAACACUAAACUGAAAAAGGUUUAUGUGGAGUUGAAGGAGAAUGAGGAGAUAUGUAGCAUGGCCAGCUUUCAGCAAAAGUAUCGCACAACUGUCAGCAUUGAUGCCAAAUCGUCCCGUGCUGUCUCUUUUGUCAUCAUUCCUUUGAAGGCAGGACAAUUUGAAAUUGAGGUGAAGGCCUUGGACUUGGCAUCACUAAGGACAGAUGGUGUGCAGAAAAAGUUUACUGUAGUGACUCAGGGUGUUUUGACGUCUACAGGAGAGGUCACUUUACUAUUAGAGCCUGAAAAGCAUGGAGGACAGCAAAGAUCAGAAUUUAAGAGGCCGUUCCUGAACAACCAAAUGCCAGACACAGACGCUCACACAUACAUAGCUGUUAGAGGCAGGCCAUUAUCACAGUUUAUUAAUGAAGCCAUCAGCGGUAAAGGUCUAGAAAGUCUCAUUCAAGCGCCAUCUGGCUGUGGAGAACAAAACCUGAUGGCCAUGGUCCUGCCUGUCCUCGCAACACAUUACCUGGACAAAACCAAGAAGUGGAGUGAUGUGGGGGUGGAUAAACGCACCGAAGCUCUCAGGCACAUCACUACAGGCUAUGUGACGGAGCUCAACUAUCUUACUGUAAAUAAUUCGUUUGCUGUUUGGAGCUAUUCUAAAGGCAGCACAUGGCUAACUGCGUAUGUGGUGAAAAUGUUCAGUCUGGCGAAUGAAUUGAUCUACAUAGAAAACCGUGUAAUCUGUGAUGCCAUCAACUGGCUGAUCACAAGCACACAGAAUUCUGAUGGCAUGUUUUUUGAAGUGACAUACAUUUACUCCAGCUCUAUGGGCGGCAAAAAUUCCGGUCUGACCAUGACGGCUUUUGUAUUGAUCGCGUUACAGGAGGGAAGCAAAAUUUGUGAUGUUCCUAAUCUUUCAUAUCACAUAAGGAUGGCAGCAAGUUAUAUUACAAACAACAUUGCUUCUGCAACUGACCCAUAUGCCGUGGCCAUGGCAUCCUGUGCUCUUGCAAAUGCUGGCCAGUUGGAUUCUGACCUUCUGUUCAAAUUUGCUUCACCUGAUCGGAGCCACUGGCCAGUGAGCGAAAGUCAUUCUUUUACACUGGAGGCAACUGGCUAUGCUCUCCUGGCACUUCUUGAGGCUCGUGAUUUUGAGCGUGCCAAACCCAUUGUAAGAUGGCUGAAGACAAACCAAAGGUUUGACGGUGGAUACCGCUCCACCCAGGCUACUGCUGUGGUGUUUGAGGCUAUAGCUAGGUACGUGACUGAGAAACCUCCAACCAAGGAGGGAUCUUUGACUGUCGUUGUCAGUUCUACCGCAAGAGGGACAGAGUUUAAAGGCUCAUUCUCCAAUAAUGAAAAAAGUCUACAGCGCUCAGACAAGUUCAUGGCAAAUGGAGACCUAACAGUAAAAGCAACUGGGAAAGGUGAAGGCUCCAUAUCAAUUGUCACCCUGUAUUAUACCAAACCUGGUGAAAAUGAUACAAAGUGUAAAAAGUUUGAUCUGGAGGUAAAAAUGAUCAGAAACAGCACUGUUUCCUAUCCACAAGCACUUGUGACUUACACGAUUUUCAUAGAGACCAUGUUCCUGGAUGAAACAAGAGAGGCUGCUAUGACAAUCCUUGAUAUCAGCAUGCUGACAGGUUUUAUAGCAGAUACAACUGACCUGGAAAAGUUGAUGGGAAAAGACAGGUACAUUCAUAAGUUUGAGAUAGACAAACAGCUUUCAGAGCGAGGAUCCCUCAUCAUCUACCUGAAAAAGGUCUCAAAUAAGUUUAAAGAAAGAAUUGCUUUCAGAGUUCAUAUGAUGUUACACGUCGGUGUCCCUCAACCAGCGGCAGUAACUGUGUAUGAAUAUUACAGCAAAGAGAACCAAUGUGUGAAGUUUUAUGACCCGCACAUGGAGCAGUCCAGUGGCUCAAUCCGCAUCCUCUGCCCUAAAGAAGUGUGCAGCUGUGCUGAGGCAAACUGCCCUCGGCUGAAGAAGUCUCCGGUUCCAAAGGAAGCAGAUCGCAGUAAAGAAGCCUGCCACAACAAGGACUUCAUUUACCAGGCAACUCUGGAAUUGGUGACAAGAUCAGGCUCAACAGACAGCUACACUUUCACCAUAAUAAGAGUUAUUAAAGAGGGGACUGAUAGGAAUGUGCUGAAUGACGUUAGAGAAUUUUAUGCUCAUAUAGCCUGCAGAGACAAGCUUGGUUUGGAGGAAGGCAAGGACUACCUCAUCAUGGGCCCUGAGCCAAAACUGAUUAGAGAAGAAUACCGCUACACGCUUGGAACGAGCACUUGGUUGGAAUACUGGCCCACGCAGGGGGAAAGUCAGGAGAACAAGGACAACAACAAGGAGAGAUACAUCGGCCUGCGCAGUCUGGCCAACCUGUUAGAGCAGUUUGGAUGCACAACUUAAACUUCUUAACAACAUGAACAUGUGCAUGAAGCUCGUAUCACGGCUUAAACCACUGAUUACCAGCUGCAACCUAAUUGACAUCUGUUUUUUCAAAUAAUAAUGAUAAUAAUAUU